AUGUCAAGAACGCUAUUGUACACAUUUGCUGAAGGGCGCCUAGGAAGGUGUAUCCUGGUUGUUGAUGAGUAUAGGAACAAUCUAGUUUAUGUCAACUCUGAUAAAGACAAUCAACUGAUUCAACUUGUAAAAAGACUCAUAGAACGCCAAUCGCAUAGGUCAAAGGUCUCUUACGCGCUGUGUGUAGAUUCUGACAAUAAAGUGGCCGAGUUUUCUGUAAUCAUUGCCAAUUUGCUCGAUGGUAAAAGAAUAGCGCCUCCAAAAUACGAAUACCUCUGUGGAACAGAUUUUCAAAGGAAGGUAUGGGAUGAAUUAAAUAAAGUUCCUUGGGGUUGUACAACUACAUAUCACCGGUUGGCUAGGCAAAUAGGGUCUCCGAAUUCAUAUCGUGCUGUCGCAAACGCUUGUGGAGCAAAUCCGCUGUUAAUGGUUAUACCCUGUCAUCGAGUCUUGAGCUCAAAUGGCACUCUUGGAGGUUUCAAAGGCGGAAUACAGACGAAGCGUCAACUAUUAAAAGCGGAAAAAUGCUUGAAGAGCAGUGAAUAUUUCAAUCCGGCGACGCGGCCCCCCUCUGCUUGA